AUGACGCUGUCUGACGAGUUGGAAGGAAUCAUUCGCAACCUGGCAGAAACAGGUGCAGCUGCGUGCUACCCCUGGGAUGCCCUGCGAAUACUCUUGGAGCACAAGCUGGUUCUGGAUGCCAACUGGCGCUGGAUCCACACGACUGAGGGGUACCGGAAUUGCUAUGACGGCAACGAGUGGGACACAAGCAUAUGCGCUGAUCCGGAAGCUUGUGCGAAGGACUGCGCGCUGGAGGCAGUGGAUGACAGGCAGUACGAGAGAAUUUACGGUAUCACUCCAGUGCCGGGCGGUGUUCGUCUCAACUUUGUGACCGGAUCCAAUGUGGGAUCUCGGCUUUUCCUCUUGGAAGAUGAUGACAACUACAAGCUUUUCAAACUGAAGAACCGCGAGUUUGCCAUGGAUGUGGACUCCUCGGCCGUGGAAUGCGGCAUGAAUGGGGCGAUGUACUUCAUCGAGAUGGCUGCUGAUGGCGGCAAGGGCGUUGGCUACAACGCUGCAGGUGCCAAGUAUGGUACCGGAUACUGUGAUGCACAGUGCCCUCACGAUGUGAAGUUCAUUGACGGCAAGGCGAACUCGAAGAACUGGAAGCCUCAUCCCAAAGACUUCAGCAACACCAUGGGCCUUGGCCACUAUGGCGCAUGCUGUGCGGAGAUGGACAUUUGGGAGGCGAACAACAUGGCAACGGCUUAUACCCCGCACCCAUGUGACAUUGACUCUCCGGGUCAGUAUAUGUGCAGCGGCACUGAAUGUGGAGACAACGACAGUGGUGAGAGAUACGACGGUGUUUGUGACAAGGAUGGCUGCGACAUCAAUCCUUUCCGGAACCAGAACACAACGUUCUAUGGUCCGGGAGCGGACUUUGCUGUGGAUUCUAGCAGGCCUAUGACCGUCGUGACGCAGUUCCUCACAACGGAUGGUACUGAUGCUGGCGAUCUUUCAGAAAUCCGCCGCUUCUAUGUGCAGGACGGCCGUGCCGUGGCAAGCCCAUCCAUCACGAUCCUCCCGAAGGCACCAGGCUAUCCCGACUCCAUCACGGACCAAUCGUGCAAAGACAUGAAGGACCUUUUCGAGAACGAGAACGACUUUCAGGAGAAAGGUGGCAACAAAGCCAUGGGCGAGUCCUUGAGCCGCGGGCACGUUGCGGCAUUUUCUCUCUGGGAUGACAUCGACGUCCACAUGAUGUGGUUGGACUCUUGUUACCCUGAAGACAGGGAGUGCAGCGAGCCAGGCAUCCGCCGUGGCAUGUGCCCAGGCGGUGAGGACAGCUCUCCUCGGAAUGUGCGCAGCAAGCAUCCAGGGGGCUACGUCACCUUUGCCAAUGUGGCAAUUGGAGAAAUCGGUUCCACACAGUCCGUGUAUCCUGGGACAACCGGACCAGUGCCGCCUACGGCCUCCACGACUACCACGACGACUACCACAAGCAAAAUCGCAACAGUGAAGCCCACCACGACAGCAGGAGCCAGCACGACAGAGCCGUCCUGCGCAAAGGCCUGGCAGCAGUGCGGGGGAAGAAACCAUAAUGGUCCGACCUGCUGUGCAGAGGGCUGGAGUUGCGUUGUGGAUAACGAAUGGUAUUCGCAGUGCAAGCCAGGCACUGACACUGCCUUCGCUCAAGCAAGCAAACGCACGGAGCGGCGGCAGAAGUUCUUGGGUCCAAGCUUCAUGCAGUCCAAGACGAAGAUUACGUCUUCAGCCCAGGCCAAGAAGAUGGAGACAGUCCUGACAGACUUCUGGAACGACGCGCCAGAUCUGACUCUCAGUGAAGGCGAGACCUUCCAGCACAGUGCUGUGGAGCCAUUGAAGCAGUCCCUGUUGGAACCGCGACGGGAAGGUGCGAUGCUAGGAUUGCAUCGCAGACAUGGUUCUUGA